UUCAUGCAGACUCCUGGAGGCGGUUGCCCUGCUUUUUAUAGGGAAGGUUGUUCUCAGUGUUGACCCUUCGCCAACUCCUUUGCGGGGCAAGAGAGAGCCAGGAGCGUAGCAGUCCUCAUAGGCCCACUCGCUCUCCUAGGUCUCUCCACGCAGCUGCUGCUGACCUGGGCGGUCCUGCCCAGCCCUGAACAGAACCUGAGAUUCGUGCUUCUUCUGGGUUUAUAGUAGGGGAUGAGCAUGUGGCCUCCAGAAUCUGCCUCCUCCUCUGUAACUUACAGAAACCCCUCAGCAUUUGUCCCUUGCUGACAGCCCCCUUUCCCUGUACUCCGCUGCCCCGAUCCCGUAGUGGUGUUUUUAUGUAUGUCUCUCCCUGCUAUGGUUUGGAGGCCCAAGAGAUAAAUGUGUGUGCCCAGCCCAUCAUGUCAAGCUAGGAGCCUUUCUUAUUCUUGAAAUUGUCACCACUGGUGGCUCCCGAGGAUCAUGUCAUUCCUUCUACGUUUUCCUCCUGAGCACCACCACGGACCUGCUCUGCUCUCCAUGGAUAGAUACAUCUGCCAACUCCUGCUUCCCCAAGGCCGCCUCUCCCUCCUCCUCCCCAGCAGGCUCCGAAUCUUCCGUCUUCUGUUCUUUGUGGGUAGGUUCCCCACUCAGAUGGCCUCGGCUACCACCGAGAUACUCCUGAUUUCCAAAAUGUAUCUUAAUCCUUGACCUCUCUCCUGAGCCCCAAGACCAUAUAUCCAUCUGUCACCUGGAACUUCCCACCUGUGUGUGUCACAGAUGUCCAAGAUUUCUCCCUCUCUUUCUCUCUCUCCCGCCUGACCUAGUCUUCCUCCUGGCUUCUCAGUCUUGGUGUAGGGCACCAGCCUUGACCCAGCUGCUCUUGGAGAUAACCCUGGAGUACUAGCCCCGGAGUACCAGCCCCAGAGUCCUAGCCCCGGAGUGCUAUUCCGUAGCCCCUCUUGCCUUGACCAAUUGAUGACAAAUACCAUUUAGAAUCAGGUCCACAUCUAAAUGCCCCUGUUACAACAUUACAGUCUUCUCUGAUUAUGGUUAUUACCUUCCUCUCUAAUUUGACUUCCCUUCCCGUCCCUGAAAAACCGUACCCUGGCUUUCUCAAACUCAACACAGUCAGUAUUUGGGGCCAGAUAAUUCUUUGUUGUAGAGGAUGUCCUGGGCAUCGCAGGCUUUCCAGAAGCAUCUCUGGACCCCAGCCACUAGAUGCCAGAAGCCCCCUUUCCUCCGUUGGGACAACCACAAAGGUCUUUGGAUGUCACCAAAUGCCCCCCAAGGCAGGCAAGAUCAUGUUGAUUGAGAACUGCUCCUUUAAAACCCUCUCCCAGUCUGCUGCUAGGGCAUUGCUUUCAAAAUCUAAAUCUGAUCAUGUCACUUAGGUAUAUGUCCCCAUUUCCAUGGAAGUCAUCUCCAAAGCCAGGUGUCCACCCCAGAGAACUGAAGUUGACCAUCAAGUAGUGUGUGGGCUCGGUGUCGUUCGAGGAUAUAUCUGUGGACUUCACCCAGAAGGAGUGGCAGCUGCUGGACCCUGCCCAGAGGCUCCUGUACAGGGAGGUGAUGCUGGAGAACUACAGGCAGCUGGUGUCCCUGGGGCACUGUGUCACCACGCCUGAGCUGAUACUCAAGCUGGAGCAAGGUGAAGAGCCGUGGGUGCCAAAGAGAGAACUCCCAAGUCUGAGCCGCCCGGAAGUCCAGAAAAUCAAUAAUGUGAAAGAAAGAAGCCAAGAAGAGGAAGAUAAAUAUUCAAAGCAAGCUUUAUUCUUCAACAACAGAAUAUUGAUUAAGGAGAGAAAUAAGACCUUGGGAGAAACAUUUAAUAUGGCCACAAACCCAGUACCCUCAAGAAAACGAUCCCAUAAAUUUGACUCAUCUAGAACAAGUGUUUCAGAAUUAAUUGUUAGUAAUGGAAACCAUGUAAGAAAAAAGUCUAAUGAUAUGAAUGGAUGUGGAUUCCUUGAUACUAUGCAUGAGAAAACUCAUAUAGGGAACAAGCCCUGUGAAAAUGAUCACAAGAAGAAAUCCCACAGACAUAAUGAGGACUUUAGUCAACAUCAGAAGAAUUCUGUUUUGGAGAACGUUCUUGAAUAUAAUAAUUGUGGGAAAGCCUUUCACAAAAAGACUGCCUUUGUUACACAUAAGAGAGCUCACAAAGGAGAGAAACCCUCUGAAGGUAAUGAAUACAGACAAGCCUUCACCCCAAAAUUAAAGCUCAGUGCUUAUCUGAGAACCCUUAAGGAAAAGAAACUACAUGAAUCCAGUAAAAAUAGGAAACCCUUAUGCAUGAAGUCAACACAUGUACAUCAGAGAGUUCACGUACGAGAGAAACACUAUGAUUGUAAUAACUUGGGGAGAUCCUUUGGCAAGAAGUCAAACCUUACUCAACAGCAGAGAGAGUACAGAGGAGGAACACCUGAUGAGUGUAGUGAAAGUGAGGACACCUUGCAGAAGUCAUACCACACUCAAAGUGAGAGAACUCACAUCAGAGAGAAAAUCUAUGAAUGUGAUAAAUAUGGACAAUCCUCCCAUGAAAAGCCAUGCUUUCCUCAACAUCAGAGAACUCACACAGCAGAAAAACCGAGCAAGUGUCAUGAUCGUGAGAGAAUCAUAACAGAGUCACACCUCACUCAAAAUCAGAGAAUUAACACAAGAGAGAGAAGCUUUAAAGAUGGUAAGUGUGAGAAGUUAAAACUCGCUCGACACCAGAGAAUGCACCCAGGGAAGAAAACUGCUGAGUGUCACAAAAGUGGGAGGGCUUUAAGUAAGAAGUCACACCUCACUCAAAAUCAGAGAGCUCACCACAGAAAGAAAGCCUACGACUGUAAUAAAUGUGGGAAAAGCUUUCAUAAGAAAACAGAGCUUACUCAACAUCAGAGCACACACACGGGGAAAAAACCCUAUGAGUGUAAUGAGUGUGGGAAGUCCUUCUUUGUGAAAUCCAACCUCACCGAACAUCAGAGAACUCACACAGGAGAAAAACCGUAUCAAUGUAAUGAAUGUGGGAAGUCCUUCUGCCAGAAGUCAGCCCUCACAGUGCAUCAGAGAACUCACACGGGAGAGAAACCAUAUCAAUGUAAUGAGUGUGGGAAAACCUUCUGUGUGAAAUCCAACCUUACUCAACAUCAAAGGACCCACACGGGAGAGAAACCCUACAAAUGCAAUGAAUGCUGGAGAUCUUUCUGUGUGAAAUCCAACCUUGUUGUACAUCAGAGAACUCAUACAGGAGAGAAACCCUACAAAUGUCCUGAAUGUGGGAAAACCUUCUAUGAAAAAUCAGCCCUCACAAAACAUCAGAGAAUUCACACAGGGGAAAAACCCUAUGAGUGUAAUGAAUGUAGGAAAACCUUCAGCCAGAGGUCAGCCCUCACCAAACAUCAAAGAAAAACACACAAGAAGAAAACUCCCAUCCAUCUUGCCCACAAGCAGAAACCUGCAUCCACAAAUCAGGUUCAGUGAAGAUCAGCCAAAUCACAGGGCCAAAAAGCUAAGAUGUCAACGCACAAAGGAAAGUCUUCAUCAAUCAGUUAUAGCUUAUUGGAACUAGAGGAUUAAUAUAGGAGUGAAACCUUAUGAAUGCUUGGAAAGCUUUCAGCAAAUAUUCAAAGAUAUGGAGGGGAAAUUUAUCACUUUAAAGAAUAUGGAUAAAAAUGUUCUUGUGAAAAUGUUAAGUAGAAGUCAUAUUUUGGAUGUGAUGCCAAACUUAUUAGAGAAAAGAUAAACAGAAAAUGUCCUGUUAAUAGACUGUGAAAUGUGUACCUUUUAUAAAAGCAGGAAUACUUUAAGUCAUUGAUACAAUAGCAUUAAAUAUAUAUGUGAAGA